GCACCUAGCCAAGACACAUUCGCCAACCUCCUCACAUUCGGCACACAAAGAACGCUGCAGCACACAGACCACGCAGGGCUCCACGCGAAUGCUGCUGGCAGCGCAGAGCGGAGAGGGAGGCAGCGUUGUGGGCGCAACCCUUCGCUCGCCUUCGUCGCUGCGGUGGCCCUGGCCUAGGGCGAGCCGCUCAGCCGAUAGGUUUUUUGACCACAAACUUAAAAUGAGAGGUCUAUCACGGACUACCAAGCUGCUCAUAAUUGUUGUUGUUGUAGCAUGCUCAGCCCUUAUAUUGCUGAACAUGUUUGAGUUAAAUAAUAUAAAGGAAACAACUAAACCAGCGCAGUCAAUAAAACCUAAAGUAUUGAAUCAACCAAAGUAUGUUGUUUACACAAAAGAUGGAAAGACAGGGCAUCUGAAACAUGUUUAUAAUGUUAUGAGGAGGCUUGGGUACGAAGAAGCACAGAUAGAAGAAAACUGGGAUGUGCUUUGGUCCCAUCCUUACCCAUUUACGAUUUUACCAGCUCUAAAACAUCUUCAGCCUCACCAAAAGGUCAAUCAUUUUCCUGGAUCUGGCUUCAUAACAAAUAAAGCAAACCUGGCUACCAUGGACAUCCCAUACGUACCUAAAGCAUUUCGCUUGCCCAAGGACAAGCAACUCCUAUUUGAACAUGUUAAAAGAAAUCCUAAGAAAGUAUUUGUACAAAAAUCCAACCACCAUAGAGGAAUUCAAAUAUCAAAUGUUAAUGAACUAGACCUUUCAGCAAAUGGAACAUUUGUCCAGGAAUACGUUGAUAGACCACUACUUGUGGAUGGCUAUAAAUUUGAUAUAGGAGUUUACACCAUCCUCACCUCAGUUGAUCCAUUACGUGUUUAUAUUUACAAUGGAGAUGUUCUUUUCAGGUUUUGUCCAGAAAAAUACCAUCCAUUUGAUCCAAAAGUAGUUGACAAAUAUGUAAUUGGAGAUGAUUAUUUGCCUACAUGGAAAGUCCCUUCCUUGAAAAAAUAUUUCACAGAUGGAGGAUUUUCUAUGAAGGAGAGCUUUGAUGCUUACAUGAGAGAAAUUGGUAAAGAACCAGAAAAGGUGUGGAAAGCAGUAAAAUCAGCAAUUCAAGAAGUGUAUUUGAGAACUGAAAUGUCCAUACUGAAUCUUUUAAGUCAGUAUAAAACCAAACGCACUUUCUAUGAAAUGGUUCGAUUUGAUUUUGUGAUAGAUGAAGAUCUCAAUGUGUUUAUUAUGGAGGCAAAUAUGUCACCAAAUCUGUCAUCCCAGCAUUUCCCACCAAAUUCAAUUUUAUAUGAGCAGGUUCUAUACAGCCUGUUAAGUCUUGUAGGUGUGGGUCAGAAUGUUCAUAAACAAUCACUUUUAAGGACAAAAGAGGAUAUCAUUAUGCAAGUAAACUCGAAACAAACUGGUGUCUACCCGGAAAUAUGUGGAACAAGAUGUGAAACAUGUAUGGCUCCUGAAUGCCAAAUUUGCCAAAGAUGUCUAACGGCUGACAUGAAACAUACUCUUGAGAGUGCAUACUUGGAACAUAUUAACAGGCAUGAAUGCCGGCGAGUGUUUCCACCCCCAAUGGUAAGUGUGUUAAAACAAUACUCUGUCAAACAAGAAUGCUCGAUCAUAAUCAUAAACAUUUGUACUUACACAGACUCAGAAAGAGGCAGCACAGAACUACGUUUUGGAUUCUUAUAGCCCAGAAAAUCAAAUGAUGUACCGUUGGUUCAAAGGGAAAUGCUUACAAGAUAUAUCAUGGUGUGAAUGAGCAAGGCCUCACGCCAGUUAACUGUGGUUCCUAAUUGUUAUUUUUUUUUUAUAAAGAAACCUACUCCCAACCUGUAGCACAUCAAUGUUUUCCUUUACAUUGUCUUUAGCCGAAUCGAAUAAAGCUCCAACAAAAGGAAUGCAGGUAAUAAUUAGGUACGUUAGUAUGUAUUUACAUUACUGAGCACCGUAUAUGGAAUACCAUAUACUUUCCUGCCAUUGACUGAUUUAGUAUAGACAGAUUUUCGUGUCUAUGUAUGUGCCAAAAAAACAGUAGAAUCCAAUAAAAUUGUUGAUUUAAUAAA